AUGGGUAUGCAUAUUAAGAUUCUCGGGGCUCUCCUUUCCAUCCUUGCGCUGCAAUGCAUGGUGGCAUUCGGAUUCACUAACCCCAUCAAGAAGACGGACGGUUCUGAUCCCUUCAUGGUUUUCCAUGAAGGAUUUUACUACUUAACAAGCACGACGUGGUCGAAUAUACAAAUCACUCGCGCUACCACCAUCAAUGGGUUGAAGACAGCCACUCCCAAGGUUAUAUGGACGGAUUCUACCGCGUCGAGGUGUUGCAACGUCUGGGCUCCAGAGAUCCAUUGGAUGCCGAAUGAAGGUGCAUGGUUCAUUUACUACAGUGCUGGAACGGCUGGUACACUCGACAACCAACGCAUCCACGUCCUUCGCGGGUCGUCGAACAUCAUAUGGGAUUCUAGUUGGAGCUACGCCUCGCGUAUCACUAUCCCGAACAGAGACGUUUGGUCGAUCGAUGCCACCGUCCUCAUCGUCGGCGCGAACAGGUACUUAGUAUACUCGAGCUGGGAUGGUGCUUUCCAAUGCCUCUGGAUCGCCCAAAUGAAUAGCGCGACCUCGGUCGGAACGCCCGUCAAAAUAGCGACGCCUACCCUCUCUUGGGAACAAGUCGGAUCCAACGUGAACGAAGGUCCUGCAGCGAUCUAUCACGGAGGCCGUACUUGGAUCGUCUUCUCCGCCUCUGGGUGUGCCGGCACUGGGUACAAGCUUGGAAGACUCGAGUUGACCGGCUCGAACCCGAUGAGCGCCAGCUCGUGGACGAAGUUCCCCAAUCCCGUGUUCCAAACAGCGAAUGGCGUGGACCAGCCCGGCCACAACGGUUUCUUCCUCAGCCCCAGCGGCAACCAGAUCCACAUGGUGUACCACGCGUCACCAACAUCGCCAGGAAACUGCGAUGGAACCCGCUAUACCGCUGUGCAGAUGGUUAAUUGGAAUUCGGAUGGGACACCUAACUUUGGUAAUCCCCGCCCUUUGUCGGAGAGCAUUCCCGAACCUGUAUAA